ACUUGGUGUUCUGCAAACGGGAGAGCGACAGCCCCCAGCACUUAUCCACGCAGAGCUAUAGAGCUGGCACGGGUCCAGCCUUUCCCGGUGUGCCAUCCCCACACAGCACUGCAGCUUUGGUCAUAUGAGCAGAAAUGAUGAGAAAAGCACUUUUUAAUCUUUUCGCACUUGCUUCCCUGUUCAAACAGUUGCAGGAUGGCUAUGACUGACUUGCUCAGCGCUGAGGAUAUCAAGAAGGCUGUGGGAGCCUUUUCAGCGGCUGAAUCUUUCAACUACAAAAAGUUUUUCGAGAUGGUAGGAUUGAAAAAGAAGAGCCCAGAAGAUGUGAAGAAGGUUUUCCAUAUUCUUGAUAAAGAUCAGAGCGGCUUCAUUGAAGAGGAAGAAUUGAAGUUUGUCCUGAAGGGCUUUACCCCAGAAGGAAGAGACCUAUCAGACAAAGAAACGAAGGCUCUUCUGGCUGCUGGAGAUAAGGACGGUGAUGGUAAAAUUGGCGCUGAUGAAUUUGCAACUAUGGUGGCUGAAUCAUAAAGGCUGUGACCAAUGCAAACCCUUCACCCAUCCUUCACUGCCCAAUUCCAACCACCUCCUGCUGACUGCUUUGGCUCCUGUUCUAUUUAUUUAUGUUAUUUUAUACUCCAGCUCUGUUCUCUGCAAUCCUGCAACUCUGUAAUUGUGCUGAAAGACACUGUUAAAAUAAUAAAGGUCACAUCAAUCUGGGCUUC